AUGGAUCUCACACCCCCCUCCCUCACGAGGUCUCCGGUCUCUCCUCCCAACACGUACUGCGCUUCAGAGAGCUCCUCCCUGGACUACCCGUCGCCGGGCUUCUUGAGCCAACGGUACAGAAUCGCUGCUGGAUAUGGCGCCCCUGCCGCCUGCUCCACGGCCGUGCCGCUCGACACGGACAACACCCUGCCACGCUUGGCGUGCAGAGCCUCGUCCGAAUGGUCAUCGUCAAGCAUUGCAACUCCUGUCCUGGCCUCUUCUGCCUCUACCAUCCCAAAUGUAGUAUCUCUCGACUACGAUCCAUUCGGCAGCUACGACGCCCAUAUACAUACCUCGUACGGGCACGAGUCUUACCCAGCACCCUCCAGUGCUCGUGAGUCGGGCUCGGCACAUGCUCUACAUUCCCCCCCUUCUAGUAUGGUUCAUUCGCCACCACUCGCAUCUUCAAGGGCUGCAUUACCGUUUCCGCACGGCGGUGGCCACACAUCAAGUGUUGCCUCAGGACAGAGAAUCAAACUAGAGACGUAUAACGACUUUGGCUCCGGAGGUAUCGAUUUAUCCGGCUACACCUCGCCGCGGGCGUGCACUGCAACUUACGGAUCAGAAGACACGACGCCCUAUUCCGGCUCGGCUCCGGCCUAUUUCUCCAGUGGACACGUGCCUCACUGGGCUAGGUCAGACAUGGACGUGGAAUCAACUAGCUACGACGGUGGCCUGGGACAUAUGGGCGGUCUAGAACAGGUUUCGGCGCAACAGCAACAGCAAGCAAGGCAAAACCGGCCGCGCCGAGCACCUCGGCGACUGACAACACGCGAGGAGGCCAACUUCCAGUGUGAAGUCAAGGGCUGCGGAAAGCUCUUCAGCCGAAGUUACAAUUUCAAGGCUCACAUGGAAACCCACGACGAUAAGCGAGAGUACCCUUUUCCUUGUCAGAUCGGUGAAUGCAACAAGAGAUUCGUGCGGAAAACCGAUCUUCAGAGGCACCACCAGAGCGUGCACACCAAGGAACGCAAUCACAAGUGUGACUAUUGCAGCCGUCUCUUUGCCAGGAAGGACACGCUUCGCAGACACAUGGAAGAUGGGUGCUCUCGAAGAUUCGACCUGGGUACACUUGACCUACGCUCCGAAGGCUACAAUUCCUCGAGCAGCAGCCGGCGACAGUUGCCCGGAACAUCGACAGGAGCGGCGGAAUUCGGCGUGCCCUCUCAUGGGACACUGCCCCCUCUCCUCGUAGGGCCAGCAGGUGGUGGCGAGGCUACUCCGGCACAGUCAAACCUGGACACAAGACAUAUGGGCCCGGCCAGCGACGCGGGAUCUCAACGGCGCAUGUAG